CUAUUAUCCAUUGAAAACCGAACCGAGUGCCUCCCACAUCGUGCCUCAGACGGAGAGUAUCAAAGAAAAAGGGAAAAUUCGAUCCCAAUUCAUUUUCAUCGAGUAUAUUGAAAAAUCAUACACUCGUCGCUCCUAUUUCCACUGGCAUACGAAACAAUCCGUUUUCGAGUGAAUCUUUCUUUGCAUCCUCCAUGGAUGCAAUUGAGCUUCUAAAUGAUUUCCCCUAUGUCAAGGGAGAAGAUUUGGAGAGAUGGGUCUCCUCUGGCAAACCUCCCAGCAUGGUUGAGCUCUUUGUGCGUGCCAUAAAGCUUCUAAAAGAUUUCCCCUAUGCUACAGUACAAGAUGUGGAGAGGAUUUUCCUCUCGGACCACGGCAACAUAACCUACACUUUCUUCGGAAUGGGAAUCGAAAUGCAUUGUAUCAGUGCUCCACGAGAAGCCGAAAAACUUGAAGGCAAAGAUUCUAUAUCCUAUAAAAGAUGUAAUGUUGCUGGUGAUUAUGUUAAAGCUGGGCCUUUACUUCAUUUGCAUUCACUACAUGUACAACCAAAAGAUGCUAUAAAAGACAAACCACUCUCCGUAUAUGGUACGGUCCGGGUGAAGUACGACCAUAUCCAGAGUGGAAAACCGAUGCAGCUUGAUGUUUACAACCAAAGUGCUGAAAAUGCCGACAAGAUUAGCCCCAACGGUGGUAAUUUCACUCUUGGUUUGUGUGGUACUUCCUUAAGUCAUUAUGAUUUGUGGAUGGGAUUGCACGGAACAACUAUAGUAGUGGAUCUCCAUCUCAAAAUUGGGAAUGAGGCUGUUCCGAUGGUUCAAGAUGAAAUUUUGGUGGGGGAUAGAACUGAAGGUGAUCUUGAAGAAGUAAGAUCAAAAGAACUUCAUGGCACACUUUGCUCCGCUACCUUGAUUUAUAUUGCUAUGCCAUUUGCUGUUCUUUGCCGAGUGGAUCUCAGUCUCUCUAGCAAAGACAAGGGCCAAGUUGUUAAUGUUGCCGGAAAAAUUGCUGCCAGAUAUAAGAGCACUUAUGGCAAUUAUGAUUCACAAGAAUUUGUUCUUUUUGAGAAGCAGAAUGAUUUUGAACCGCUAAACAUGGAGAAUGACACGAUGACGUGGAUGACAUGGAUGGGGUUGCCAGCAUAUUCGACUCUUGAACUUGAUGUGGACUUGACUGACUUCAACACAAGUCGAAAGCUUAUUAAAAAGACAGUUGAAUUGUUUAAGUCGAAUACUACAUAUGCAGAUUCUUGUGCAGUGGUUGAGGGUGAUUUUGCCAUUCUUGUGGGUGCAAAAUUGAUUGAGUACCCACUUGAUCGGAUGUGGUGUUAUUCGGACGAAGAUCUGUGUGAAAAUGAAUUGUCAUCAUCCAACAAUGGCAACCCUUGGUGUCCGCUUCAUGGCCAACAAAAAAUACCACGACCAUCAAAAUUAGUAGAAUUCUACUCAAUCUUUAUUGGUCGUAAAGAAUUGGCAGCAUUGAAUAUUUAUGGCACUGUUGAAUUCUCUUCCAAUAAUAAUACUGAGUCUCUCUUCAAGAAGACUAGUAAUGAUGCUGUGGAAGUAAAAGGUUCACAGAAAGUUUUACCAUUCAUAGAUGUGUAUAGGAAGGUUGUCCAAUACAAAAUGCUCGAACUUAAGGUCAAUCUAAAAGAUGUUGGUGGGAAAUUUCAGAACAAAGCUUUUGCUAUCCAUGACCUUGGAUUUGUAUACCAUGGUUUACCUCAUAACACCCAAAUAUGUUCUGUUUUUCCGGGAAAAGAUGGGUUUUGUGCAUUGCAUUACUCCAUAUUCUCAGACGCGUGUCACGCGAACAUCCUCUAGGAAAAAUCCUAAUUCUCAUGAGUCAAUCCCCGACCGUACUAGAUACCUUCACGUCAGCGAGUUAUAUCGUUGAAACUGAUGAGUUGACUCAUCAAGAGAGAUUAUUUUCGGAGCGUACUUUUUGAAAGGACUGAGAAGGAUCCAUUACAAUUAGAGAGUGAUGGGAAAGUACCACUCUCUCGAAGUCUUGUUGUGGUGCCAAUGGAUUCGUCCCUCAUUAUUGACAUAGAUUUUUGUUGCAUGUCUCUGAAUGAUCAUCUAUCAUGCAAGGAAAUGUUCAGGAUUGGACGCUGCUGCUCUAAAACAGAGAAAAAUGAUCUUGAACUUGUCAUCAACUGCACCUGGAGUGAUGGAUUGCAUAAUGGGUGGUGCACAUACCAAGACAAGGAUGGGCAGAUUGAAACAGAAGAAGACGAGGCGUGUUAAGGUGCGACGAUGCUCUUGGGCCAUUGCCUGCUCACUAUGCGACAGCUUGAUAUUUAUGUUACUUUUUGUAAUGCAACAUUAUGAUAACUUUAUACUCCUUCGUCCAUAAAAGAUUGCCGUAGUUUCACUUCUUGGUUAAACAGUGAUACUUUUUUACCAUGAAUUAUUAAAAAUGUUUAUUUAGUUAUAGUAUAAAUUUAGUAAAAUUAGAUUUAUUUUAAAAUGUAGUUGAAAUAUUGUAUUUUUAUAAUAUUUAAUUAUAUUAACUUAUAUUUAUUUGUGGUUAAAGAGUGUCACAGUUUGAUCAAAUAAGUCAAACUACGUUAAUCUUUUAAGGACGGAAAGAGUUUGUGUGUUGUUAUUUGACAAAUAAUAUGUUAGUGAAAUAUAAUUUUUGCACGGGUCUUUUGAUCCUUAGCAUCUAGGUCAUAUUACGGUCAGGCCACCUACAUUGCUCUGCUAGUAAACUUGAUGGUUUUAUCUUCUAACCUUCCCCAGCAUCCCUUGAAAUGCUGAUUUUGGCUAAGCGAGUUAGGAACCAUCAAUUUUACUAAUGGAACGAAGCUACAAUAUGACCUAAGAUAUUAAGGUAAAAAGAACUGUUUCAAUAUAAUUUUGGCAUUAUG